GCUCUGCUGCCUCAUCCAGUAGGACCGCAAGGGUCACUCUAAAAAUUGCUGCUGCUGGGACUCAUCCGGUGGCUGCUGGGGGCUCCCCACUGCAUUUUCCUUCUCCCUCCCUCCCUCUCUCUCCCCACAGAUUGCUUCCCAAGAGGAGCCUCCUGCUGAAAACUCAUCAUUACACAUCCAGACACCACACAGGAGGCAAUAUCUUGCCUGUGACAGUGUGUUUGCCAACAUGGCCCCCAAAAAGAAGACUGUGAAAAAGAGCAAAGGAGAUAUUAAUGAGAUGACCAUAAUCGUAGAAGAUAGCCCUCUGAACAAACUGAACACUUUGAAUGGGCUCCUAGAAGGAGGCAAUGGCUUUAGCUGCCUUUCUUCUGAAUUAACAGAUGCUUCUUAUGGCCCCAACCUCUUGGAAGGCUUAAGUAAAAUGAGGCAGGAGAACUUCCUUUGCGACCUAGUCAUUGGCACCAAAACAAAGUCCUUUGAUGUUCACAAGUCAGUGAUGGCUUCGUGCAGUGAAUACUUCUACAACAUCCUAAAAAAAGACCCAUCUACCCAAAGGAUAGAUCUCAAUGAUAUCUCACCGCUGGGCCUGGCUACUGUCAUUGCAUAUGCUUAUACUGGAAAGCUGACGCUCUCUUUGUAUACUAUAGGAAGCAUUAUUUCUGCUGCUGUCUAUCUUCAGAUCCAUACCCUUGUAAAGAUGUGCAGUGAUUUUCUGAUACGAGAGAUGAGUGUUGAGAAUUGCAUGUACAUUGCUAACAUUGCUGAAACAUACUCCCUGAAAAAUGCCAAAGCAGCAGCCCAAAAAUUUAUCCGGGAUAACUUCCUUGAAUUUGCAGAAUCAGAUCAGUUUUUGAAACUCACGUUUGAGCAAAUUAAUGAACUUCUCAUAGAUGAUGACUUACAGUUGCCUUCUGAAAUAGUAGCAUUCCAGAUUGCAAUGAAAUGGUUAGAAUUUGACCAAAAGAGAGUGAAAUAUGCUGCAGAUCUUCUGAGCAAUAUCCGCUUUGGUACCAUCUCUGCACAAGACCUGGUCAAUUACGUUCAGUCUGUACCAAGAAUGAUGCAAGACGCUGAUUGUCACAAACUUCUUGUAGAUGCUAUGAACUACCACUUACUUCCAUAUCGUCAAAACACAUUGCAGUCUAAGCGCACAAGAAUCCGCGGGGGCUGUCGAGUCCUCGUCACUGUUGGGGGACGUCCAGGCCUUACGGAGAAGUCCCUUAGUAGAGACAUCCUGUACAGAGACCCUGAAAACGGAUGGAGCAAGCUUACAGAAAUGCCAGCCAAGAGUUUUAAUCAGUGUGUGGCUGUGAUGGAUGGAUUUCUUUAUGUGGCUGGUGGUGAAGACCAGAAUGAUGCUAGAAAUCAAGCCAAGCAUGCAGUCAGCAAUUUCUGCAGAUACGAUCCCCGCUUCAACACCUGGAUCCACCUGGCCAACAUGACCCAGAAGCGCACGCACUUCAGCCUGAGCGUGUUCAACGGGCUCCUGUACGCCGUGGGCGGCCGCAAUCCCGAAGGCAGCCUGACCUCGCUCGAGUGCUACGUGCCCUCCACCAAUCAGUGGCAGCCCAAGACGCCCCUGGAGGUGGCGCGCUGCUGCCACGCCAGCGCGGUCGCCGACGGCCGCGUGCUGGUGACCGGCGGCUACAUCGGCAGCGCGUACUCGCGCUCCGUGUGCGCGUACGACCCCACCGGCGACUCGUGGCAGGAGCUGCCGGGCCUCAGCACCCCACGAGGUUGGCACUGCGCGGUCACGCUGGCCGACCGGGUGUACGUGAUGGGGGGCAGCCAGCUGGGGCCGCGCGGGGAGCGCGUGGACGUGCUGACCGUGGAGUGCUACAGCCCGGCCAGCGGCCAGUGGAGCUACUCCGCGCCGCUGUUGGUGGGCGUGAGCACGGCGGGCGCCUCGACGCUGCACGGCCGCGCCUACCUGCUGGGGGGCUGGAACGAGGGCGAGAAGAAGUACAAGAAGUGCAUCCAGUGCUUCAGCCCGGAGCUCAACGAGUGGACGGAGGACGACGAGUUGCCCGAGGCCACCGUGGGCGUGUCCUGCUGCACCCUCUCGAUGCCCAACAGCGUGACCCGGGAGUCCCGAGCCAGCUCGGUGUCCUCGGUGCCAGUCAGUAUCUGA